AUGACGUAUAACUACGAUACUGUGGAUUUGGAUAAGAUCCUAAACGAUUUAGAAAAUGAAGAUGAUCAUCCUCAAGGACUAUCGAUGCAGCCGCCAUUGUAUCAUCAAAAUAGCACUGUCAAUCGUCCCAGUGCUAUGACCCCUGACAAUUACCGCAAAUCAAAUAAUCUCAAUAAGAAGCCUAUUCCAGAACCAACGACCCAUCGACCAUUGAAUAGAAGUAAUGCAGUUAAGCACCCCAUACCUUCUAUUAACAGUAGCUCUCACAAUCGUAGCAUCAUGGAAGAAACCACAUCCAGCAGUGUCUAUCCAUCAUUGGCUGCAUUUGAGUCAUCGAAUACUGGAGUAAUUGAACAAGGCUAUCCAAGCAGUGAUAGCGCUAACGCUUUGAUUAAUAGUGAUUAUAAUAAAAAUAAUAAUUUGCAACAUAGCAGCAGCUCAGUUAACCGUAACCUAUAUGGCUUUCUAGCUGGACACAAUUCCAUUAAUAGCGAAGCCAAUGGGUACAGCAGCGAUCCCGCUGGCGGAAAUGUAAUCACAACCACAAACAACGUUAGUACUAGCGACGCUGACUAUUAUCAGAAUUUUAUUAACCAAAAUAGCACCGGUAAUGGCCAUCCAAACCGUAGUUAUAACGAUAGCUCAGAGAAAAGGAGUACUAAAGUCCCCGUGCAACCUUCAUCUGAUAAUGAAAGUGAUAAUGAGUGGGAAACUAUGCUGGAUAAAUAUGCAUCACCUAUACAUGUAAAUGACAAGACUGGUAAUCAAGCGAAUUCUGCUACUCCUACAUCUACCUCAAUUGCUAGCAAUACUAAUCAUGGUAAUGCGCAAAUGCCUAGUUCUGGCCAAAUCAAUAAUUCUACCAAUGAACUCAGUACUGCUUUAGAUAUUGAUAAUAUUUUGCCGAAGUUCGAUAUUGCAAGCCUUAAAUCUGAUUUCAAUUCAAUACCAUCUUCUGGUAGUUCAUUACAUCCUACUUCAAGUAAUGAUAUUGCCCCAGAAACAAAUAGUACUAAAUUAAAAACACCGAGUAACCAUUAUACAGGAAAUUUAUCGCAUCAACCUAAAGUUGAUGCGGAUUCUAACGAAGCUCCUACAAGUUUUGAGAACUCUCAGUCUACUCAACAUGUUUCAAUGGUUCCUACUUCUCAUGACAACAGGAUUGUAUCGCCUGAAGGUGACAUUACUCAAGGAUUGGUAUCUUUUUCGAACAAUGAUAACAUUAAUAUUAAUCAUGAUUUAGAAAAUAAUGUUGUAUGGGAUAAAUCUGAAAACAAUGAUGCAGCUCCCUUACAUAAAGAGAGAAACGAUGAGAUAUCUACUAUAGGAAUUGUAAAUACCGAGAUAAACGCUAUCAGCAAUGUGAAUAACCAUGAAAAUUUCAGUUUAACUGAUACAACAUCAGUUGAUACGUCAAGCAUGUUUCAAGAUAAACAAAAUCUUAGCAAUUUUUCAACGAAUAAAACCAAUAAUCAAGAAUCAUCAACAUCUACCUCAUCUGAUAAAAAUAGAAAUAACAAUGAAGUAAGUAGCAGUUACAACAAUAUUUCAACCCAGCUGGAAAGUGUGUCCGGAUCUUUCAAGAAUUCUCACCAAAGUACAUCGGAUAAACUCUCAACCGACAUUUUAUCGCCAGUAUCAAUCAUUGAUAACACAAACAAUCAUGUUAAUGAUACUAGUAGUGAAUUUACUGUAAAAAAUGAUGUUACAGCUAAGAAUAACGCUUUCAGCAACUUGCCAGACUUAAACGGUCGUAUCAGUGGAGGAAUGAAGUUACCAGAAAAAUUCGGUAGCGAUCAACCUGUUAAGAAUUUCGUAGAAUCUGCCAGCAAAAGUGGUGAUAAUACUAUUUCUACUGUUCAUGAGUCAAUCGAAAAGACUAAUUAUAAUGUGUCAGGUGUGAUAGAUAACGAAAAAGAUAGAAUUAGUUCAGAGUCUAGCAUCGCUCGCUCUCUCUUGACUGAUUUUCAAGAUAAGAACUCAAAUGACGAUAAGGCAGCUAAGAUUGAUAAUGAAUUAAACUAUGAUAACGAUACCUUACCACUUGCUUUGACUAAUGGUAAUGAUUCUGCUACCGAAAAGAUAUCUACAGAAAGUUUUGAGCUCGAUAAUUUAAUUUUAGAUCCUUUGUACGAAGUUAAAAAACGUGAUACAACGGAGAAUUUGGACUCGAAUGAUCUAUCAUCUUUGUUAGACAUUAACUUCUCUACUGUCACCGUUACUCCGAAUUCUGCUAAUAGCAUAACAAGUAUCUCUUGUGCUGAAAACGUAUCUCCCACCAUUAAGACUGGUGAUAUUGAUAUUUCAAAUAAAGAGACUAUAGCGGAUUCUAUUUUAGAGCGACAAGUUUUAACCGAUCAGGAAAAAGUGAGCGACCACGAGGAGAAAUCAUUAGAAUCUAAAUCAUGCAACGAAUCACUACUUAUUGACAGUCAUGGUAGUAAUCAAGUUGAUGCUAGCCAUAACCAAGAAAAUUCAAACGUAUCUGAUUUACAUUUGGAUAAGGAUGAUCUUUCUUCUGAUAUCAAAUCUGUAGGCAUUAAAAUAAACCCAGAGUAUAUUACAACAAAUAUACCCUACAGCAAGGACGUAAUAGAAAAUGAAGGGGCUAAUAAUUUAGAUAUCACUAGUAGUGAAGAAACUGCAAAUGAAAAGUCAUCAAUUAUUAAUACAGGAAAUACACCUGAAGGGAAUAUUCUGUCUGAUAGCAAUAUGGACUAUCUUUCAAGUGAUAAUAUUCCCGUAAUCGACGAUCUCUUAUCUGGUGUAAUGAACGAAUUAAAUGGUAAUGAAGAUUAUCAUCAAGAAAUCAACGAUAAUAUUACUAACAGUGGAGGUGAUGUAGCUGAAACUGAUAUAGAAAAUCCAUCUUCAAAUGCAACUACAGUUUCUGUAAAUAAUUCGAUGGAAGUUAACUCUCAUCCCAAUAAUGUUACAGAUAACGGCAACUCCUUACAAGAAUCUGAAGAUAACUUUUUACGUUUGACUGACGAUGUAGAUUUAAUUAGCGGCAGCAAUGCGCUAUCACAAUGCAUGGAUCUUGUUCUUAAUAUGGAUAAUCUGGAGCAGUUUCCCGAGGAACCAGUUUCGGAAGCAGCAGUAAAAGGUGAUGUAUUGCCGUCUACAAAUACUAUGAAUGAUGUCAUGCCACAUGAUGAGUACAAUGGAAUUAAAAAUACGCUUGAAACCUUGACAAAUGGUAGAGACAACAGCCAAGUUAAUGAUAGAUUAUUAACGACGGCUACGGUAGACGCUUUGAUUCCAAGUAAUGCGGAGCGUGCACCUGGCCAUCUUACUGAUAACAACAAUGUACCAAGCUCAAGCGGUACAUUUAGCGAAGAAAAUUUUAUGCAGACUUCAAUCAAUCCACAGAUUAACGAAAUGAGUUUAGUCGACGUUAGUAAUGGAUUACAUUCUGAUAUUGCAAGUGAUCAAGUCUCCAAUCAGAACAUACCGACAGAAAAUAUAGUUGAUGAUAUUAACAAUAAUGUUGCCGAAGCUGCAGCUUCUAGCAAUCAUAAUGUUGGCCAGUCUGAUGGAGGCACAUCCAAUUUAGCCAGUAGCGGGAGGUCAAAUAAAGUUGGUAGAAGAAGCGUCAGGUUUGCUCCUACAGCAGAAUAUAUUGGCAUAGAAAAUGUAACAGAUGAUGGUUUGCCAACAUCUCAACCUCAGGUUCUUCGUCGUAAUAUUCCAAUUGACCAGAGCUACCGAGUUGGUUUGGCUAGUCAGAGUCCUCCAGAUAAUGAAAUACCUUCAACUGGAUCUACACCAACAAAUAGAGAUGACCUUCCUAGUUAUAGCCUUGGAAAUCAGGCCGACAAUCUAGCUGGCAGUCCUAAUAAUUUUGUAAGUAAUGAUGCUACAGGCAACAUGCCUCAACCUGACGUAAGUACAUCCUCUGCUGAUUACGUACCCAUUACUCCUGCAUUUCCUGGACUCGGAUUUGAACGACCAACUUGGGUGUCGGAUACGGAGGCCGUUCAGUGUAUGCAAUGUGGGGUUAAAUUCACAGUUUUAAAAAGGCGUCACCAUUGCCGCGCAUGUGGGCAGGUCUUAUGUGCUGCUUGUUGUAGCAUGAAAUUUGUGUUGACCUUUCUGAGUAAUAAACCCUCUAGAGUUUGCCAUAUAUGUUACCAGUACUUAAAUCAACAACAGCAGCAUCCCAUUCGAGAACCAGCGCCAUCUUAUGAAGAAGCAAUGCGAGCUCCUCAGCCUCUAGAUUAUCAAACCGAAAUAGCUGCGGGUUCUGCCAUAGCUUCUACCACUGGCAUGAUCACACCACCGACGAAUUUUCAACCUAUAUCUGUACAAUCUUUAAGUCAACCAAGUACGAAUGUUGUUUCUUCUUCUCCAAAUACUAAUGAAGUGCCUCAGGUUGCUUCCGGUAGUGAAACUAGCGUAGCUGAGGCCGCCAGUAGUCCAGAUAACAGCAGGAGAGAAGGUCAAGCAUUAUCUAAUAAUGGAGAGUCUAAUGAAAGUGACAAUAGGGGUGAUACCGACGAAGGAAGGCAAUUAAGUGAGAUUGAAGUUUGUACACGAAAACUACUCUCAUUUACCAUUAGUGAACGUGUUCGCGUAAAGGUCAAACUAGCAAACUAUGCUGAAAGAUUUUGUUGGUGCUUCUGUACGAGUGGAUUAUCGAACUAUGGCCAGCAGGAAUUGGUAAUUGUUUUGGAACGAUUAAGUACUGACGAUGUUGUUCCUCGUGGCAUGUUAAAAUUUUUUAAAGUGAUAUAUAGACAGGCCAAGCAAGGCGUACAUGUCCGAAAUAUGGACUACACAACCUUUACUUCCCCUCAUCUUGGUCAUAGUGAUAUAAGCGCAUGUCUUUUCAUUGAACAUGCCGGCCAGCCACUCAUCAAUUUAGUUAUUCCCAAAUCACCCUACCUAUUUGGACUACUUAUUCAUCGUAAUGAACUGGUAUGGGCUAGGGCUUUCCCUCUCCGACUUUUAGUAGGUCUCGGGAACUAUUACAAAGAAUAUCCUUAUCCGAUCUGGAGUUAUCGAGAUCGUCAAGCCCUCUUCUCUGAAAUUGGUCAUACCAUAAUGCGAUUACUAAUCGAUUUCGACUCUGGACAGUACACAUUGGAGCGCAUACCAGGACUUAUUGUGCAUUUAGAAAAGCGUAAAGUUACAAUUACAAUGGCCAUGGACCAACAUGAUAAGAUAUUGAAAGUCUUGAGUAAAAGCGAUGAAAGGGUCUUAGCCUUUGGAGCAAACUUCAGUCCAUUGGCUGACUCUGUACUGGUAUGUACGCAAACGGAUGGAGCCUAUAAAGCUCAGAUUAUGUCAAGACCUGGAUAUGACAGAAAUACGAUUGGAGCCAAUUUUAUCGUACUGAACUGUUCCUUAAAAUCUGAUAGCUCUUCGAGGAUCAAAACUACAAUCGUAGAAGAUGGUAUAAUGAUGCAAUUAAAUACGGAUGCUAACCGUUGCAUAAGAGAUGCUAUUAGCAAUAUGACAGAUUGUACAGUGGAGGGACAUAUAGCAACAAAUGAUGAAGCACCUUUAACAACAGAAGAUGAUUUGGUUGUUAUCAAGUGGACACCGAGUGAUUGUACCGCAAAUUUAGGCGUAAUAAGUCAUGUUGAUGGCAUGUCGCUGGCUGGGAUUAAAAGUCUCGAUAUUUAUGAACCAGUUCUAAAUAAAAAGAAAUCGAAAACCAAAGCUGCUCUACGCUGGACUAAAUUGUUUUAUCUGGAUAGUGGGAGUGGAGGUCAUGCUGAAAUUGCUACAACAUUUGCUGAGAUGUUGGCGCAAGCUAUACAUUCAGCUCUAGAACCAUCAGAGGAAUUAUUUGUUGCAAAGAGCAUCAGAGAAUUCGCUGUAAGAGUGACGCUUGAUGGUGAAACGCAUACGGAAUACAAGGCUGGGUACCGAGGACAGCCACUGCCAGAAGAACUUAUUGAACAAUUUGAUGAAUGUUUAAUUCCGCUGUUACAUCAAACCGGCUCUUCUAUAACUAGCUGCAUUGAGUUACUUUUUCGUGUAUAUUAA